AUGUCAGUUCCCUACCAUUACAUCAAUCCAUCAAUGGUGCAUACUAACGACCCCAGAAGAUACGCCGUUGCCGUUCGCCAGCAAUACUGCCGAAAUAAAAACAAUUUGGUAACUCCAAGAAACGGGGAACUUCUCAUAGCAGCCACCCAAGAUUUCCUGACGGGCGCCUACAUUCUAACCAAAAAGGAUACGUUUCUCGAUUUCGUACACGCGUCCCAACUGGCUGCGACAAUUCUAGCAGGGGAGGACGCAAACCUCAUCAUCAAUCUUCCACCUCCCGCCAUUUUAAAGCCUAGACGUUUAUGGACCGGCAAGCAAAUUUUUGGCAUCAUACUGAAGCCCAACAGGGAAAGUACGAUAAAAGCGAACCUGGAGGCGAAAGGCAAGGCCUACACGAAGGACAAGGAGCUGUGCGUUAAGGACUCGUACGUGUUGAUCCGUAAUUCGGAGCUACUCGCCGGCACGCUCGACAAAGGUCACUUAGGUUCGGGCGGAAAAGGUAGCAAUAUAUUUUACGUGAUCCUGAGGGACUUCGGGCAGGCGUUUGCGAUUAAAUCGAUGUGGCGGUUGGGUAAAUUGGCUUCCUAUCUCUUGAUGAAUAGCGGAUUUUCGAUUGGUAUUGGCGACGUCACGCCCGGGGAGAACUUAAUUCGUAAAAAGAACGCCUUACUGGAUGGAGGGUAUUCCAAGUGCGAUGAGUACAUUAAAGCCAUGGCCGAAGGCAAGCUGCCUUGUCAACCGGGAUGUAGUGAGGAAGAGACGUUGGAAGCUGUCAUUUUAAAAGAACUAUCCGUUAUUCGUGAACACGCGGGACAGGCUUGCGUAUCCGAGUUGCAUCCUACAAACAGUCCGUUAAUUAUGGCAUUGUCUGGAUCGAAAGGUUCAUUUAUCAACAUUUCCCAGAUGAUAGCGUGCGUAGGGCAGCAAGCGUUAAACGGCAAACGCGUGCCCAACGGAUUUAACGAUCGAUCUUUGCCGCACUUCGAACACAACUCGAAGACCCCUGCGGCGAAGGGCUUUGUCGAGAAUAGCUUCUAUUCGGGCUUAACGCCGACCGAGUUUUUCUUUCACACCAUGGGCGGCAGAGAGGGGCUGGUGGAUACCGCCGUUAAAACUGCAGAGACCGGCUACAUGCAGCGACGUUUAGUUAAGUCACUAGAAGACUUGGUGGUGCAUUACGACGGGUCGGUGCGUAACGCCGAAGGCGAUAUCAUUCAGAUUUCGUACGGAUGUGACGGCUUAGAUCCCUCUUGUAUGGAAGGAAAAGAUUGUCCGGUGGAUUUCGAUCGUGUCUUGGCCCACAUACGCGCGAAGUGUCCUUAUAGGGACGAAAUUGCUUUAGAUGCUGAUCAAAUUCGUCGAGCAACAAAGGCGUUUUUAGCAACAAACUCUUUGAACGAGUGCAGUGAAGACUUUAAGAGCGAGUUAAGUAAAUUCAUGGAGGCGAUAGCCUGUAAGCUGGAGAGGAUCUGCGAAAAGUUCGGAAACGGCGCCGCCGUAAAGGAAAUCGAGAGACUCACCUGCAGUCAGCUUGUCACGUUCCUCGAGACCUGCGGCCAAAAAUUCGCGAGAUCCGUGAUCGAACCGGGCACCGCCGUGGGCGCGUUGGCCGCGCAAAGUAUCGGCGAACCCGGCACCCAGAUGACGCUGAAAACUUUCCAUUUUGCCGGCGUCGCCAGUAUGAACAUUACGCAGGGCGUUCCAAGAAUAAAGGAAAUCAUUAACGCGUCCAAAAGCAUUAGUACUCCUAUAAUUAGAGCGUCUUUAGUCGACCCACACAAUCCUGAAUUCGCAAGGCGAGUAAAAGGAAGAGUGGAACGAACAAGGUUAGGCGAGAUCACAUCGUACAUCGAUGAUGUGUAUAUGAAAAGUGACUGUUUUCUGAUGAUAAAAAUAGAUUGUGAAAGGAUUAAUCUGCUGCAACUGGAAGUGAAUACAGAAACAAUUCGUUACAGUUUGUGCACGUCUCGAUUAAAGUUGAAACCAAAUGAUGUGGAGGUAGUGUCCGAUACUGUAAUCCUCGUGCGAGCAAAUCAUUCGAAACAUUCGCAGAGACUCAAUUUUGCACUGCAAGAGUUGAAACAGGUCAUCCCCGACGUUGUAAUAAAGGGUCUACCAACUGUUAACAGAGCGGUAAUAGCUAGAGAAGACAAACAGGGCGUUUCCCACUACAAUCUCUGUGUGGAGGGUGACAAUCUGCGAGAGGUAAUGGCGACAUACGGUGUAGACGGCCACAGGACCAUUUCGAAUAAUAUAAUCGAAGUGUUCCACACUUUGGGAAUAGAAGCGGCGAGGCAAACCAUUAUGCACGAAAUCAAAAUGGUAAUGGAAAAUCACGGAAUGAGCGUCGAUUAUCGGCACAUAAUGCUACUCGCCGCGCAGAUGACGCAUACGGGCGAGGUUUUGGGGAUCACUCGUGACGGAUUGGCGAAAAUGAAGCAGUCGGUUUUCAACUUGGCCUCGUUUGAGAAAACCGCCGAUCACCUCUUCGAUGCAGCGUAUUACGGACAAACGGAUAAAAUAAAUGGCGUUUCAGAAAACAUCAUAAUGGGAAUGCCCGCCGCUAUCGGUACUGGUAUAUUUAAACUACUACACAAGCCGCUGUACUCCGACGAAAAACCCGCAGCACUGCCCCUACUAUUCGAAACGGCAUUAGAAUCACAAGCUUAACACUUUAAUUUAAUAGUAAA